AUGACGAGAUCCAAGAGCGCUGGACGGCCGCUUGGGCGGACUCCGGUGCCUCCUUCCUGGAGCCAUGUGGGGCGACUGACGUUCGGGGGAGUGGCCGCUGUGGCCUUUGUUUUCGCCACCUACGUGCCGCAGGUGAUGGCCUUCUGGUCCAUCUUCGUGCCCAUGUUCCUUGCCUUCGCAGUCCCGUUCAUCAUCGCUGCUGCGCAGCUCCAGGCCCCAUGGGGCUUCUUUGCAGCCUUGCUCCUACCUCUCGCCUUUGCCGCGCUGGACGGCCUGCUGAGGUGUAUGGAUGUCAGCGGCCUGUGGGGACUCUUCCAGAAAGUCGUCCUGAAGGAUGAGGCGAAGCUGGCCCUGCACUGCGGGCACCUCGUGGCGGAGGCGAAGGUGCCCCCCGGAGACAAAAAGGUGGAUCGGGCACUUUUCACGGUGCUCACAAAAGUCUUGCUUGAGAACCUCGCCCAGUCCUACCUGCAGGCCGCCUUUUUCGGCCUGAGCUUCGCAUCCACGAAAGCCCCGGCAAAGGCGAAGGCCCUGGGAUCCUUGGGCUUGGGCUUGGGGGCCAGCGCUGCCAAGCUGGUGCCCAUGGCCAUGAACCUCGUGAAGAGGGUGAAGGAGGCAGACCUCACAGUGGAAGAUGCAGUGAAGGUUUUGGUGCUUGGCUUGCCCCUCCUCUUCGCCUUGAUCGUCGUCGCCUGGGUGCCGGCCAAGGUCUACUUCUCCUACGUUUGUGAGUCCCAUAUGUGGAACCUCCUCGGAGGCUGCGUGGAGACCCAGGCCACCAGCUUAGCUUGGAGCCCAACGCCUUUCACACCGGAGGAGACGCACUAA